AAAUUCCCCUGCAAUAUCUAUCUAGAUAACCUUCCUAUAACGACAGCACAAGACGUCAGCAUACAGUGUGAGCUUAUGCUCGAUGAACGCACCUACGCAUUCGAUAUACCCGAUAUACGACCAAGGCGUCAGUUGGUGCGUCGUUUUUAUUAUUUGCUAAUGCUGGAGAUUGCAUUGGCCGUGCCCUGCUCGGAGAUUAUGUUUAUCCUUACGUUUCCCCGUAAUCAGCUAUUUUUACGGGUGGUCACAAUUGUGGUGCUGUUAAUUUUGUACACGUUUCUCUAUCUAUGGCCGAAUUGGCGACGAUAUCCUCCCUACAAUUACUGCGUAUUCCUGUUGACAUCUCUCACAACCGCCAUCAGCAUGAGUAUCUAUUUAAUACAGUUCGGUCAAACACGUUGGCUGCAUGCAUAUCCACUGAUUGUUAUUACCGAGCUGUUAGCUGUAGCUUUGUACACUAAACAGGACAGACUAAAAUGUUCUCAUGGUGUGGGCGUCAUUAUAAUAUUCUUGGUUUUUGGACUGUUUCUGGUGUUGGCAUACUUUUUGGGCAUGCUAUUCAAGCUGCUUGGCCUGUUCGGUUGUACGCUGGAGGCCUGGUAUAUUAUCUACGAUACACAUCUGAUGCUCUGCGGCCAUCAUGGCUACGAUGUUAAGCCGCAGGAGUAUGUGUUUGCCGCUGUCAAUAUACACGCUGAUGUGCCCAAGUUUUUGUGGAUUUUAAUUAGGCACCUUGUGCUCGGACCAUUUGUGAUGUUCAUCGAGCUAAUACGAAAUUGCCGCACAAGUGGAAUAUGCUAAUAAUGCGAAAUAGAGUAUAUGGAUAUGGGACAUACAAAACGGAACACAUGGAUAGAACAUAAUACAUAGAUACAUAAAAUAGAAUAUCCUAUUUCAUAUUCCCCACUUUGUUUUCAAAACGAAAUCACAAUCUAUUCCAUAUAUCCUACUUCCUGUCGUAAUUUGCUUAUUCGAAAAUAAAUUCAGAAAUCCUUUGUGUAAAUCUUCAAACACAGCCUCUGAUUCAAUCGAUUUUUCGUUCCCUAAUUGCCGUUUUCCAUUAACGGUUGCCCAGAGAAAGGACAUUAGAUGUCCGAUUCGCGUUUGGUGGACCCAAUUAUGUAUACAUGUAUGACACGUUUGCUAUCAUCGGCUAAAUGCGCUGCAAAUGAUGGUCAUUAGCGCUGUGGGCCCCACAGUCGCCGCUCGGUUAGCUGUUGGACGUGGAGCGCGAGCUAUGAAUGUGACUUUGAUUGACUGGGUGCGCGGUGAGUGGGGUUAGGGAACUACUGUUGAGAACCAAUGACAU